AUGGACACGCCGCUCGAUGCCGACCCCUUCGGCCUGAUGGCGCUGCAACCCUGCACGGUUUUACUUCCGGGCGCACCACCGACUCCGCAGACACACAUCCCUCUGAGCGAGUCGCAAGCCGGUAACGAGGACUGGGCGAGCACAGCAACGGCGUUCACUGGCAACCGCGCCGCAGCCACAAAAUUGGACUCCGCCAACGCCGCCGCCCAUGACGACGAUAUGCAGGGUCUGCCAGGGUCCAGCGUGCAGCCACGAUCCGCCCGAAACGAUCGCGUGCAGCACUGGCUCGCCUCCACUGCUUCUGCAGGGCACGCCAUUCAGCACGAUGCCACGCAAGCUUUGACGGGCAGGGCUGCUAUCUCGCCACCACCAAGUUCCAGCGCCGCUCUGGACGCGUGGGUUGACAGGCGUCUCGGGCCUGACUUCGACGUCGAUACCGAAAGCGAGGCACCUGGGAAGCCGGCGAAGAUGGCUUCAUUCUAG